AUGUACUGGCCAAUUCUCGUCCAAGCUCUGGUUCUCUCGGCUGGCGCCGUGGAGGUUCCGUUCGAUACAGGAACGAAGCCAACAGGAGUGGUUGACCCUAGAACCACUAAGCAAUGUCAACUUUGGGUUAACAAAAUUACGGACUCCAAUGCCUGCCCUACUAUCGUGAAGUACUUCAGCCUCAAGCAAUCCGAAUUCUCGCUUUGGAAUCCGGGAGUUGAUUACGAUUGCAGAGGUUUCAAGAAAGGUAAUUCCUACUGUGUGAAAGCGCCCAUCUGGCGUGCGCCUGCAAAAAGGGCACUUCCACCAGGGGUUGGAGUUUCUAUUCCACCUUUGUCAAAGAGGUCGCCCACACCAUCAACGUUGAUCGUAUCCGCUUUGCCCCGAUCUCUGUCGUCAACAACAGAAGUCACGUUCUCCCUUGGCCUCCCUAGUCAAUCCCCGACGAAAGCACGGCCUACAGCUUUGGUGAAAAAGGCACCCGAUACAACGCCCCUCUCAAUACUCCCACCCACUCCUGCCAAGCGAUCAGAGUCUAUGCCUCUCUCAAUCCUUCCACCCACUCCUGUAAAACGAUCAGAGUCGAUGCCUCUCUCAAUCCUUCCACCCACUCCUGUAAAACGAUCUGAAUCAACGCCUCUCUCAAUCCUCCCCGUGUCCGGCGGACAGGAACCGUCAGCACUACCAGUCACUCCUGCAAAACGAUCAGAGUCGAUGCCUCUCUCAAUCCUUCCACCCACUCCUGCAAAACGAUCCGAAUCAAUGCCUCUUUCGAUCCUCCCUGUGACCCCCAGGCAUGAACCGUCAGCAACAAUGUCUUCUAAUCCUGCAGCAAAACGGUCUAGUGCUCCCGUAUCACCUCCUCCACCAUCUGCUACUGGCCCAAGCACGGGGCUGCCCAACAGACUCAUCCACCCGGGGACGAAGACGGACUGCAAAGAGGACCAUCUCGUGAAGCAGACUGAUUUGUGUGAUUAG